AUGGUGGUGCUGUACAGCUACAGGCCCCAGUGGCCAGAUGAGCUGGAGCUCUCUCCAGGUGACGUCAUCCUGGUGUUGUCCAAACAUGAGGAGGAGAGGUGGUUUGGGCGGCUGCAGGGCGGCCAACAGGGCUACUUCCCCGCCUCCUGUGUGAUGGAGCUGAGCCAGGUGAGAGCCCUACGAAGGAGUUUAUCUCUGAGAAGCUCAGCCUGUGACAACGACUUAGGCGUACGCAGUAUACAUGGAAAUGGACACAUUCUGCAGGCACUCAGGAGGGGGAGCAGAGGAGAUGGAGGAGGGAGGGGAGGAGGAGUGGUGCUGGAUGGGAGCCAAGGCGAGAGCAGGGGCCCUUUCCUGGUGCGGAGGCCCCAGAUCCCUCUGCCUCAGCCUGUGGCCUCCCAACCUCAGACACACAGAUCCCCAAGCCUGCUCCACAGGAUCUUGUCAAAGUGCCGGAAAAAGAGUGAAUGCCAGGGAGCCACCAAUGGGGCCUUCGAGGGCGACUAAGAGGCCCUCCUCUUUGUCCUGGGUGGCUGAGCUGAGUCCACUUUGGUGAGGCUGCUUUGGGGGAGUAUGUGGGUGAACAUAGUAACUUCAAUAAAAUAUAAAAACACCAGUCCUGAAUAUCCUGAUGUGGGCAGGUACUCGUUACCUUAAUCAGAUAUUCUCAUCUCGGAUGCAUUUUCAGAAGGAAGAGACCAAACCUGAAUCAGUGAUGUCACAGAAGGAGUUUUGCCCAUUAAUUCUGAUGGACUAUGCCUGAUGUGACAUCACUAAUGGGGGCGUGGCCUGAAAGUUUGGAUGUACAGAGAGCUGAGCAGCUGCUGUUUUCUGCCUCAUUUUUCAGCAAGAUCAAAUGCCAGGCUUAUGCUUUGGAAUAUAAUUACAACUUCAUCUGCUCACGUGAAUCUGUUAAUAUGUAUAUAUCUGGCUGCUUAAUGUGCACAUUAACAAUUAUGAUUAUAAAACCAGUAAACCCUU